AGUCAAUUCUCCUCCUAAAGUAAGAAGGCUUCAGUUUAUAUCCACUCUAAAGUGCGUAUGCAGCUCCAGUUCCGAAGCAAUACCCUUUUGACCUUGGAACUAUUUUAAAACUCCCCUGAGAAUAAACAAGACUGAAGAAAAGAAUGAGCUAUGGCAUACUUUGGGAGAGUGCCUUUCUCACACGAUGAAUUUCGUGAUGGACAGGCUGAGGACCAAGCUUCUUAUUCAAUGUAUCAUUCUGAAUCUGCUGGACAGGUCAGUCUGGGAUUUGAUCAAAUAGUUGAUGAAGUCAGCAAUGAAAUUUUUUUUUAUGGUUCUUCACAUUUACAUCAUCCCGAAGAAAAUUUUUUCGUGGCAGACAUCUUUGAUUUGAAUGUGCCGGAGCAGCAGUUAUGUGGUCAACCUCCAGUCACUUGUGGUGAACUUUACCCUGGACAUCCUUCAUCUCACUGGCAUGAAGGCACAGUGACACCAGUGAUUGGCUUCAGAUCUUCCGUUCUAUCUGAUUACAGAAAUAUCUCUAUGGUGGAUUCCUACUCAUAUAGUAAAGAAAGAGAAAUCUACAGAAGGAACAGUGUAAUUCCAGCCGCAUAUGUGUUUGAUUCAAAUGUGGAGAGAGGCAACAAAAAUCUGAGUUUUCAGAUAGGCUUUGACAAUGUAGUUGCUCAAUAUCCUAUCUUUUUGGACAACUAUCCAUUUGGACAAGGAGUGAGAGAUGAAAGCGGACAUGGGGAAGCUUGUUCAACUAACAGUUCAAGAGGAUUAAACAUAGGACCCAUCUGGCCCAGCAACUCUGGGUGCAACAGAGAGCCUGCAGGUUGGUCUAUCCAGCUGGUUGAAGCGAAUCAAGGGAGUAAUGAAAACACAGUUGCUUUUUGCAAUGCAGUGGGAAAAAUAAGAAGUGCCUAUCCUGCUUAUGACUUAAAGACAAAUACUGGGAAAAUCUGGAGUGUCACAACAAGGUUCCCAGACCACAUCCUUGGCAAAUCAAAAUUCAGAAUCAGCAUUUGGACAGAUUCUUCACCAUAUCCACUGCUUAUUACUCAAAAUGCUGGCUGUAUCACUCAUGACUUAAUUGUAGAGAUCCUACACUACAUAAAUCAAUACCCAGUCCAAGAGGAAUGUUUUCUAAGAGUUUGCGGGUCUGAUGAAUUCUUACAGAACAAUCAUACUUUGGGCAGCCACAAGACUCUUCGCAAGUCAACCACCUGCAUUCAGCUUCAGCUACAUAUCACUACUAAUCUGAAGCAAAGUUUGGCUCGAACGCAUGAGGAUGACCAAAGACAUUUCAGUGUGAAUCAGCUGUUGGAAUAUACUUGUGCUUGGAGGCUGACUCGACAGAACCUUGUCUCGGUUAUUAUGAAAUAUAGAGGUCAAGUGGAGUAUCUAUUGCAAAAAGAGCAUGGUGUGGAUAAUGUGAUUGAAGCAACUAAAGCAAUCUGCGGUGUCCUCUGUUUUGUGGAAACCAGAGACAUUACUGAUGCAGUCAAGAAACUCCGUGCACUGCUGUUGGUGAAAGCACAGAAUUCACUUCAAAGUGUGGAAAUGCCAAGCAAAGCGUUAAUAGAGGAUGCUGUGACUGAGCUGUCCGUGGCCAUCUCUCGCCUCAUCCAUUUUUAUAGCUGUAGUUUUGAUGCAGAUUUUCAGCUUGCCAGCGUACCUAAAAGUCCUUCAUGUGCAGAUAUCAACCUAGAUUCCCAGCUCAGCUUCACAGUUUAUGCUGCCCAUAACAUCCCAGAAGCUUGGGUGAGCAGCUACAAAGCUUUUUCUUUUUCCUGUUCACUAACUUAUGCUGGGAAGACAAUAUGUCAAGUGAAGAUUUGCAAAAAUAUACCAGCUAAAAGAUCCUUCUUUUUUCUUGCGGACUGGAAUGAGACAAUCAACUUUCCUCUACGAAUAAAGGCUCUUCCCAGAGAGACUAUGCUGACAAUAAAACUACUUGGAGUGAACAGUGCCUCUAAAAAUACAGAAGUGCUUGCUUGGACGUGCUCCCCAUUGUAUCCAAAACAGCUGUUCAUUCAUGGUACUGUGCUGCUUAGCAUGACAUUGUACAGCACGUUUCCAACAACGAUGAUUGCUCCAGGCAUCUGCAGUACUGAUAUUGUAGCCCCAGUAACAUUGCAGAUUGACUUUCCAGAAACUAACUUGGAGUUCAUUAAGCCUGAACCUGAAGAGAAAAGAGGUGAUCUUGAAGAACCAACCAAGGAUUGCCUCAAGCAUAUUGCAAGACUUUCACAGACACAUUCUCUCUUGCUACUCUCAGAGCAAAAGAAAAGAAUAUUAUGGUUUUACCGUUACUAUUGCAAUAAUCAAAAUUGCUCCCUUCCUUUGGUACUGGGUAGUGUACCCAGUUGGGAUCGAACAUCUGUGUCAGAAAUGUAUGCUGUGUUGAGGAGAUGGAGAUUUUCUAACCCUCUGGAGGCACUUGGGCUCCUGACAUUCAGUUUUCCAGAUCAAGAUAUUCGCAGAACAGCAGUCCAACAAAUAGAAAAUCUGUCAAAUGAUGAAUUGUUAGACUACCUCCCACAACUGGUUCAGGUGCUCAAGUUUGAAUGGAGUCUCGAAAGCCCUCUGGUGAAACUCUUACUGAAUCGCUCUCUUCAGAGCAUCCAAGUAGCCCAUCAGCUUUACUGGCUAUUGAAAAAUGCCCAGAAUGAAGCUCAUUUCAAAAUCUGGUAUCGAAAACUGCUGGCUGCUCUCCAAUUCUGUGCUGGAGAAACCCUGAACAAUGAGUUUGCAAAGGAGAGAAAACUUAUCAGAAUUCUGGAAGACAUUGCUGAAAAAGUAAAAGCUGCCAGUGAUCCUAAAAGAAAGGAGGUGCUAAAGAUGGAACUCAACAGACUUCAGCAAUUCUUCCAGGAGGUAAAAGUUUGUCGGCUUCCCCUGAAUCCUGCGCUUGUUGUGCAAGGCAUAGAUGCAGAUUCAUGUUCGUAUUUUACAUCCAAUGCUUUCCCACUAAAAAUAUCUUUCAUCAAUGCUAAUGUUCCAAGUGGAAACAUCAAUAUUAUUUUUAAGAUGGGGGAUGAUCUACGUCAGGAUAUGCUAGUUCUGCAGAUUAUUCGAGUGAUGGACAGCAUUUGGCUCCAAGAGGGACUGGAUAUGCAAAUGAUCAUUUAUAGAUGUUUAUCUACAGGAAAAGGACAAGGAUUGGUACAGAUGGUGCCAGAUGCUACUACGCUAGCGAAGAUCCACCGGAAGUCUGGACUGAUCGGACCAUUGAAAGAAAACACAAUUAAAAAAUGGUUCCGUCAUCACCAUCCCUUGGAAUCCAAUUACCAAGAGGCAAUAAGGAAUUUCUUCUAUUCCUGUGCUGGCUGGUGCGUUGUUACCUUCAUCCUGGGAGUCUGUGAUCGACACAAUGACAACAUAAUGCUGACAAGUGCUGGCCACAUGUUCCAUAUAGAUUUUGGAAGAUUUUUAGGUCACGCACAGACAUUUGGAAGCAUAAGAAGGGAUCGAGCUCCCUUCAUCUUCACAUCAGAGAUGGAGUAUUUCAUCACAGAAGGUGGAAAAAACCCGCAGCGUUUCCAAGAUUUUGUGGAGCUUUGUUGUCGAGCUUAUAAUAUAGUCAGGAAACACAGCCAGUUACUUCUGAACCUGCUGGAGAUGAUGCUGCAUGCAGGAUUGCCUGAACUAAAUAGCACUCAGGAUCUGAAGUAUGUGUAUGACAACCUUCGUCCCCAGGACUCAGACCUCCAGGCCACAAGCUACUUUACAAGGAAAAUAAAGGAAAGUUUGGAGUGCUUUCCUGUCAAACUCAAUAACCUGAUCCACACACUUGUACAGAUGUCCGUGACAGGCUCUGCCAACCCUGCAACUCCAGAGGUUGUUCCCCAAGAAUGGAUCAUGCUGGAUGCAGAGAAGGCAAUUGCAAGAGCAACCAUUUUAGGGUUCAAGAAAACGCCUGACUCUCUGUAUCUAGUCCAAGUGGUGCAAACCUGCAAUGUGGUCACUUUUGUAGAAAAAUCAUUCGACCAGUUCUCAAAAUUUCACAGCCGGCUCCAGAAGCAAUUUCCAUCGCAUGCCCUGCCAGAGUUUCCUCAGUCAUGGCAUUUACCUUUUACAGAUCUUGAACAUAAAAGAGUGAAGGAUUUGAAUCUCUAUCUGAAGCAGAUAUUAAGUGGAUCCAGGAAACUGGCUAAUAAUGAGCUGGUACUCAGCUUCUUCCUGAAUUGGUCCAAAAAUACGCUGGCAGAAGAAUCAUCAUCUGUGAUGUUAGGUCCUCAAUCAACUGAUCAUAAGCCUGGAGUGCAAUUAGUCAUAUCCUAUGAGGGCACCCAACUGACAAUUAUGUUGAAACAUAUAAGGAACAUUCGCCUCCCAGAUGGCUCUGCCCCAAGUGCACAUGCUGAAUUUUAUCUUUUACCAGAUCCUGAUGAGGUCAGUCGCAGGAAAACAAGAACAGUUCCAAAAAGCACUGACCCUACUUACAAUGAAAUUGUUGUAUAUGACACAGUCACAGAGCUCAAAGGAUGUAUACUGAAGCUUGUUGUGAAAAGCAAAGGAACAUUUGUGGGAGCUGUUAACAUUCAGCUGAGCAGCGUCCAGUUAAAUGAAGAAAAGUGGUACCCACUGGGAAACAGUAUAAUUUAAAUAUUAUCUAAGAUAAUUCAAUUAUUUAUCCACUAAUAUUUCUUUAUCUCAUUUCCCCUGGUACAUUUUGUCUCAGCUGCCCUUGAGAAUAUGCAGUCAUCCGCUGAUCACAUCUGAAUAUUUCUAAUCAUAAGGCUAUUUUCAUUAAAUUUCUACCAUCAUCUUGCAACAUGCUAUUAGUGUGGGUAAAAAAAUCACAUGCUAAGAACUUGCAGUAGCAUACAGGAAAUUCUUACGAUAGUAAUGAAGUAAUUUUGUUUGGUUUUUUAUUAAAUACUACUGUAAAAAUACUGAUACUCUAUACGGAUCAAACUGUGGGUCAGGGCCUAAUUCUAAACCCAUAUGAGUGCCAGUCUCUCCACUGACUCUAUUUCAAAACAAUGUUAGUAAUGGUGUAAUUUAUCAGGGCUUCCUAUGACCCACUGCAUACGGUGAUUUUCCAGAGAUCCAUGGGAUGGUUCCCCAGGUGCCAAUACAUUUCAGACAGUUGUAAAUUUCAUAUUAAAUGUUACACAAACAGCACAUUAAAAAAAAAAACUUUAAAAUUUGCAUUUUAGACAUUUUGUGCAAUAUAUGCUGGUGUACUUUUAACUGCUAAGAUAGUGUAACUUCCAACCCAAGAUACUCAUUUAGCAAUAAGAUCAUUUCUUUUAUUCUGACAUCCAAGAAGCAGAUACAUUUGUGGGGAGAAAGGAAGAGGGAGCAGAUAAUACUGAUGGAUAAAUAAAACAUAUUGAAUGUAAAGUUUCAGCAUAGCAUUUAUUUGAGAUCACACUAUAGGUGGAUAUAGCUUUGUUCACUAGUCUUACUCCAUUGCAUACUUAGGCUGCUUAAGAGAAAACAGUUAAUACAUACAUGGAGAGCUGUAAAGAUGUAUAUAUGUGUAAUCAGUGAACGUGAGUGGUACCUUUGAGUUCACUGGGACUGUCUAUGGGCUCUGUUCUUCAAAGCAUUUUUAUAUAAAUGAAGGAACCAUCUGAGCACAUCUUUAAGCAUUUAGCAUGUGAACUGUAAUGAACCAUUCAUUAAUGCCAGCCUCUUACACACACACAUAGUUGAGCGUGUAUGUAAAGCUUUCCAGAAUCGAGGGUACAUUUUUAAUGCACAAAAGCCAUGUUCAUUUCUGAUCUGAUCUGCUGUAAAAUUUUAAGUUACCAUAUACUGAGUAGGUCUGACAUUUGUCCUGCCAGGUGGAAAAGCAGUCAACAGAGGGAUAAUAAUGCCAGAGGCAAAAGAUAAUUGCUGCCUUCUCCCUAAGCACACUCACAAGUCAGACUUUGGAAGGUAAUGUUGUAUAAAGUUCCUGAAGUGGCAGUAGGCGUGUAGUUUAGGAAUCCAAAUAAGUUUGAAUUUUUCCUCACACCAAACCAAUUGCCUCUGAUAUUUGGUUAGUUUUGUUCCCAGAACAGAUUUGCCAGAUUGCUUGCAGAGAUUAAAUGCCCCCUCAGUAAAAGGAGGUGGGAGAAAACUCUCCUUGAGUAUUAUUAUCAGGAUUUUUUCAGAGCUGAAAAAAGCUAUAAAAUAUUUGCUACAUGUAAAGGCUAGCAUUCAGAUAUAAUCAGUACGAAGAUCAGCAAGUCUAACAUUUUAGAUUAUAAGGCUUUCUUGGGUAAAGAAGCAAGUGACUUGCCACUUCAAGCAUGGAAAACAUAUUCUGCCCAGCUUACAAUGUUAUCAAAUUACCUGACCUUACAGUUCAAUAUUGAUUUCAUAUUCUUCUUGGUCUCCUGUCUUGGUUUCCUUAUUAAAACUUUAAUGCAAUUUUCUAAUAGUGUUAUUUCUUGUGACAUUUUCUAAUCAUUGUU